UGGUUAUAUAAGGCUGAAUUUCACACAGCUAACUUUGCACCAUUUUUUGGCCCGUUACAGCUGCUUUUACCUUUUUACCUUUCUCUCUAAAACUCAUCUUCCAGCAUGAAGGGACUCCUCAUUGUUGCACUCAUUUUGUUUGCAGGCAGUGCCUUGGCCCAAGUUGAAAAAGAAGAGACUGCACCUGUCAUUGAUAAUACUGAUACUGAUACUGCAGUUGAUAAUAAGGACGUACCAGAAACUAGUGAAAGUGACAGUGAGUUUACAGAAGCAGCUGAGUCUACAGAAGCAGCUGAGUCUACUGCAGAAGAGUUAGAUAAACUCCUCAAAGAAAGCACAAUAACCAACACCAUCAAUGGACAAGGAAUCAGCAUUGGUUUAACCAAUGGCAAUGACAUUGUCAUUAGGCUUGGAGGUGGAAGAGGUAUAGGUGGCCGUGGAGGAAGUGGUACUACCUAUACAAGAUGGGGAAGGACCACAUGUCCUAGGGGAGCUGGAACUGUAAAAGUCUACGAUGGAUAUGCUAGUGCUGGCUGGUAUAGCCAUAAGGGUAAUGGUGCCAACUACCUUUGCAUGCCUAAAGAUCCACAAUACCUCAGCUCACAAAAUGUACCUGCUGCUUCAUGGCUUUAUGGAGCAGAGUACGAGUCAGGCAACAGGAUAUUUGGUUAUACCACACAGGACUUCAAUGUUCCAUGUGCCGUCUGUCACUCUCCUAGAUCAGCUAAGAUAAUGCUUCCUGGUAAAUACAACUGCCCUCGAUCUUGGACCAGAGAAUACUACGGAUAUGUCAUGACCAGUUACUAUGGUCACACUCAGACCAUUGACUAUUCAUGCGUUGAUUACACCCCAGAAAGAAUAUCUGGAACCCAAAAGAAUACUAAUGGAGCUCUGUUUUAUUUCACCACUGUUGGCUGCCGUACUGGUCUACCUUGUAGGCCAUACAUUCAAAAUAGAGCUGUUACCUGUGCAAUCUGCACAAAAUAAACUUUCUGCUACAAUGGACUCGUUAUAAUGGACUCUAAACCUCUCAAUAUUGUAGUGACUAGUUCUUUAUCGUAUUGAUUGUGUUGUGUUAGAUCAAUAGUUUUGUUUCUUUUCCCUUUCAUUUCAAUAAUAAAAUCACAUCAUUUUGUGCAAUCAUUUUUGCAACGGUGCAUUAGGAUUUUUAA